GCGUGCUGCGCAGCGCUACAAUGGCGGCCAGCUACUUGCAGUUACUGGAGCUAACAGCGGGAUGAGGUUGGAAUCGAGGGGGAGAUUGUUUUUGUGUUCGCCUUCUCGGACUCUAAUCCUUAGCGUAGCUGAGCACUCUCUGUCUGAUUUCCUUCAAUGAAAUUAUUGAAGCGCUGAGUGCGGCUGGAGAGAGUUUUUGUGUGUGUCUGUGUGACCAGGCUCGAUGGGGCAGUAAGGACGUGGGCCCCGAGUGUGCCCUGCCAAAUAGUGAGUAUCCACUGUCGCCUAUGCAAGGACAAGGGGUUGCGCCUGCGCAUUAGCUGGCAAGCGCCGCUUCCUGCUAAAUCGUGGUCCACUGUACAGUGACUGGGAAUGAAGUUACCUCCUGCCGUCCAUCAACAUUUUACAAAUAAGAAAACUUUAGAUAACCUGUGAUGACAAUAUAUAAGACACACAAUUUUCUGACAGACCUCACUUUGAAGACAAAGCAGUGUCACUGUCUUGAGCUGUGAAGGGGAGAAAACCACAAGACCUCAACUUUAAUGGAAGGUUCACAGGGCUCGCAGGAACAACCUGUGAAAAAAAUACGCCAUGAUUUGGAUAUCACGGAUGAUCAAAAUCUGAGAUCUAGGGAACUGCAGAACUUUGUCAGACUGCAAAGUCAGACUAACAGAAACGAUAAGCAAAAGUUUGAGGAUGGUAAUCAAGCUAUUAAUUUAACUGUGCUGAAUGAAGCAGAAGUUAAAAGUGAAGUGAUUCAAGGCAGUGAAUCUGAGACUGCAACAGGGAACAGAUCUGUUGAUGCAUAUCCUGGCUCAAUUAUAACUUGCACGGGUUAUAAUCCACGGGUGCCAAAUCAAGACAAUGCCCUAUUAUUUCCUACAAAGCCAUAUCCACACCUUUUCUCUCCACCAAUAGUGCAAGCUUCUUACAUAGGAGAGGCACGAUACUCAGCAAUGCAGCAGUCAGCAUCUUACACUGCAUAUCCUCAGUCAAGUCAGCCUUACGGACUACCUCCAUUUGAUGCAUUGUGGCCUGGUGUGAAAACAGAAGAUGGAUCACACAGUCAUCCUGGAUACCUCAGUUACAGUACAGGAUUUAGCUCAGACCAAACCAGUCCAGCAUACUAUACAUAUCCUGUUCAAGGUGCAGGAUUCCCAAGAACUAGUAUUUAUUCUGGUGGUGCUGUUGUUGCCAAUGUUGCAACUCCCAGCAGUUCUAAUCAGGAGUAUCAUUCCUACACAUCCCUUGGGCAAAGCCAAUAUGUGCCAUACUUUCCAAGUUCAAAUUAUGCAUCGACCGUGACUUCAAACCCUCAACCUGCCAGCAGCACAACUGUCACCUACCAACUGCAAAAAACAGAAGCAGAGGUUUCCAAUUCCAAAGAUGAGACUUUUCAAUCAGGAGUUUCUGUUGCAGGGCAAACUCUGUCAACCACAGUAAUAAAGGAACUUAAGGAACAAUCCCAAAAACAUCCAAGCGGAAAAUCCAGGGGGAAAGGAAAGAAGAGUUGUUCUUCCCCACCACCUGACAAUAAACUGGAGCGUGUAUUUGUUUGGGAUUUGGAUGAAACCAUUAUCAUCUUUCACUCACUGCUUACUGGGUCAUAUGCACAAAGAUUUGGAAAGGAUGCUGCAUCAGCUUUGACGUUAGGGUUGCGGAUGGAGGAAAUGAUCUUUGAUCUUGCUGACACUCACCUAUUCUUCAAUGAUUUAGAGGAGUGUGACCAAGUUCACGUGGAGGAUGUUGCAGCUGAUGACAAUGGACAAGAUUUAACGAACUAUGACUUUGCUGCUGAUGGUUUUCAUGGAUCAGUGCCUGGCUCGAGCCAUUCCUCAGGAGGUAUUGGUCAGGGAGGUGUUGAUUGGAUGAGAAAGCUGGCCUUUCGAUAUCGACAAGUAAAGAAAAUUUACAACACUUACAGUACAAAUGUUGGAGAGCUCCUCAACCCAGCCAAGAGGGAUUCAUUACAACAAUUAAAAGCAGAUGUAGAGGUUUUGACGGACUCCUGGCUAGCAACUGCAUUGAAAUCAUUAAUGCUAAUUCAAUCAAGAAAUUGCAUUAAUAUCCUGGUCACCACAACGCAACUAGUUCCAGCUCUGGCUAAAGUGUUGCUGUAUGGAUUAGGUGAAAUUUUCCCUAUUGAAAAUAUUUACAGCGCCACAAAAAUAGGCAAAGAAAGCUGUUUUGAACGUAUUGUGUCCAGAUUUGGAAAGAGAGUGACAUAUGUCGUCAUUGGAGAUGGUCGGGAUGAGGAGUAUGCAGCUAAACAGCACAACAUGCCAUUUUGGAGAAUAUUGAAUCAUGGUGACCUGAUGUCAUUGCAUCAAGCUCUGGAAUUGGACUAUCUGUGAACAACUGGAAAGGAGCACAAAGCUGAGCUACUGCUACAAAUGGCUUGCAUCUUGCUUCAGUGUGGACCACUAACUUUGUUCAUAAUGAUUCUUGUCAACCCUGGACAAAAGUGUUAGGACAGUGAGCAGCCCAGCUAUCUGAGUGAUCUGCUUAUUAAUGUUGGACAUUAACUUAAAAAUAGACAUGCACAGGUUGCAAGAGCUUUAUAGAGUGAAAUUACCACCUUGAUUUUUAUUUUAAAUCUAUUCAAAUGCAAAAAUCUUUUGAAUUGGACCUUUAAAAUAGGACCAUAUCUUGUGUUGAACUAUAGUCAAGCCAGUGUCUGUUCAUUUUAAAAUGCACUGAAACCUUUGCUGUUAUUAAUAAGGAGACUUUGUGCAAGACAUUCUUUGGAAAUCUUGCUGUAUAAAUGUUCCUGAACAUCAAUUCUUCAGCAUUAUCUGAUCCAGCAGUGUUGUAUUGGGAGAUUGGCUGCAGCAAUGCAUUGGAGAUUUUUUUUGACAAAUUUGAAUAAGCAGGCCUAUCUACUGUUUUCUUUAAAAAAAAACUUCAUUUUAGUUGGGGUCUUUUUAAUUCUAUUAGAUUUUUUAAUAAACACCUUAAUUCUGAGUGUUCCCAUGCUGAUGCAGGGCACAGCAUGAAAUAGAACCUCAAACUCAGCAGCUAAUCUUCCUUUUUAACACUGCUUGGUGGUAUAGAGGAUGGAGAUGUGAGGCUCGAUUAAAACCACAAAAGAGUUAAUGAUUCAAGUGAAGGACUUUUCAUCAAAACUGGAAAAUAGAACUGACUUAAAGCAGGAAGAGUUGUUUGGGAAGGGGGGUGUGUUUGGGGAGAAGUGUGUUGCGAAGAUGGUGGAGGAAAGAACAAAUAAGUCCUGUGAUAGGAAUGGAAUAGGAGGUGAAGUGACUAAAGGAGUAAUGGUACGAGAAAUAUGCUGAUGUUGAUGGUGCAUAUUCUCUUCCCAUUUCCCCCAUUAAUUGAAUUGUUUCAUUUUGUCCUCUUUGACAUCAACAGAAUCACUAUAUUAGUGAUUUUCUGCUGUUAGUAGCUCCAGUCAGAUUGUUCAGGCAUAUUUUUAUGAUAUUACAAGUGGACUUUGCUACUUUCCCUUUUUUUAGUCAAAUGCCACCUAGAAAAUACCUGAUUUGAGCAACUUGGAUAUCUGAGAUGCUGAUAAUAACAUGUAUUAGUCCAUCUCUGAAUAAAUAAAGCAACACAAAAAAAAAUAGUUGGCUGGACCCACUGCUGUUUAUUUAAAAUAUUUAUAAACUAUUUAUUCCUAACUAUCGAAUGCAAUUGUAAUGUUGAAAAUUAGUUUCCAAUCUCUCAUCUAGUGUUUGCCAUGCAUUUUGGGGAUUUGCACAAUAAUCCAUUAUUUCAUUUCAAGUUAAAUUCAGUUCAACUUCAGGAGUAAAUACUAGAAAUAUUAAGAGAGGUUUGACUAUGAUGCUUCACAAAGAUAGUGAGUUGAAAUAUCUUCUGUGUUAUGCCCAAGAUGAAUGUUUUAUACUCAACAAAUUAAGUUCAAUAUACAACACUGAGGUCAAGUUGGAUCAACUCCUGUGAUCUUGACAGGAGCUGAACACAAACUAUCCCAGGCAUAACUGUGAAGACCAUUUCGCCUUUUAUUCCCCCAAUACUUAAAAGAAUAGUUCUAAGUGUGAUAUAAACACUUAGUAUCAUGACAUCUUGGCUAAUGCCACUGUAAUGCACUUGACAUAAUUCUCUUAAGCUUUCUAUGGUACCAUUAUGCUUUGUAAGCUAACGUUAUGUAUGCUUUUUUUCUUGCGUUAUCCACCUAAUGUCCAUUGUGUUUGCACCAUGAGUACAAACUAUGGCAUAGCUACUUGGCUCCCAUACAUACUUUCCCAUAGCAAAAUAAUACAAACACUACUGCUGUGUGAAUUGCUGUGUUUUAACAUGCAUUGAGACUCUGAGUGGUCCAACAGACUACUGUCUAUGUAGGUAAUAAAAAUUAAUUUCAAGUUGAGUGAUCUGCUUAAAUAUUUGUUUCAUACAAUGCAGGCAGCUAUAUAGCAACAUGAUGGG